ACUUUUAAUGAAAGAAAAGAACAAGAACCCACAUCUCCCUAAGACCUUGACACACCCCAGUUCAAGGCAAACAUAAUACACACUCAUCCAUAUAAUUACCCAACCCCAACAAUCCAAUUAUCUAACAUACAUAAUUGCUCCCCUCUGCCUUUUCCAGAUUUUCUACUUCUUUCCUCUUACUGCUUUUCUUUCUCUCUUCCCUUUGAUUUUGUAAAGACAACAAAUUCUUGCUUGCCCUUUUCUCUUUUUCUUUCUUGAAUUUGUUCUUGGCUUUCUUUUCUUCAUCCAUAUCUCACUUCUCCCCUAGCUGCCUGUUUAAAUGUUCAAUAUGGAGAAUUACUUUUUAUCUUGUACUUCUUAAGCUUCAUAAUAUAUACAAGAUCCAUCCAAACCCAUAUAUCUUUCAUCUCGCAUAUCUACUCUUUAAUUGUUUGGUGAUCUUGGUUUUCCUUUUUCUAACAGCCAUGGCGAACCGUUGGUGGGCCGGGCAGGUGGGUCUACCCGGAAUGGACACAUCCACAAGUUCAACGUCUCCUAUGAAGAAACCAGAUCUAGGUAUAUCCAUGUCCAACAGCAGCCAUAGAGAAACAACAGAGAGAGAUCAUCAUCAUCAACAUCAUCAUCAAGAAAUCCAAGAAGAGGAAAGAGAACAUAGCGAUGAACCUAAAGAAGGCGCAAUAGAAGUGGCUACUCAUCGCCGUCCAAGGGGUCGGCCAGCAGGAUCCAAAAAUAAACCAAAGCCACCAAUUUUUGUGACGAGAGAUAGCCCUAAUGCUCUCAAAAGUCAUGUAAUGGAAAUAGCUAAUGGGUCAGAUAUUGCCGAAAGCUUAGCUUGUUUUGCAAGAAAGAAGCAAAGAGGAGUUUGUGUACUGAGUGGAAGUGGUAUGGUUACUAAUGUAACCCUUAAGCAACCAUCUGCACCCGGUGCUGUUAUGGCACUCCAUGGUAGGUUUGAGAUUUUGUCAUUGACUGGUGCUUUCUUGCCUGGACCAGCCCCUCCUGGCGCCACGGGGCUGACUAUAUACUUAGCUGGAGGGCAAGGGCAAGUAGUGGGAGGAAGUGUGGUGGGAUCCUUGACUGCAACUGGGCCAGUUAUGGUGAUUGCAGCUACGUUCUCGAAUGCAACCUAUGAGAGGUUGCCAUUAGAAGAGGAAGAGGAAGGUGGUAGCGGAGGAGGACAAGGGCAGCUUGGUGGCGGCGGUGGAAGUAGUGAAGGAGGUGGUGGCGGUAGCGGAGGGAUAGGGGAGCCGGGUGCAUCAGCACCGCCAGGGUAUAAUUUGCCACCAAAUUUACAAGUGCCUAAUGGAGGACAACUGAAUCUCGAUGCAUAUGGAUGGGCUCACGGCGGCCGGCCGCCUUACUAGAGAGGUUAAUUGAUCAGAAUUCACCUUUAGCUUUUAAUUGAUAACUGCUGAAAGAUAAUGGAGUAUGUUAGGGAUGAAUAAUAGAGACUUGUAUGGUCUAUAUAUCUUUGUAUAUCUCUUGCUAUUUGACUAUGCUUUCACUACAUUUUGGAGCAUAACUAUUUCUUCCUUCCUUCCUUCUCCUUCUUCUUCUUGUAUAAGUAAAGAGACUAACUAAGACUUAAUCAUCAGCAGUUUGAUUUUUAAUAAAUCUUUCUUCACUGAA